AUGAUUUGGCAUCGUCCAGACGUUUUCAUGGAUGAAGAAAAUCGGCAGCCUGUUGUAUUGAACGCUCGAGAGUUUAUCAAUUGGAAUGAACUCCGGUCGCGCAUGAACUCGCAAGAAUCUAUUCAGAAAGUCGGGGAAAGUUCCCAGGAACAGGUGACAGAGCCUGUAAUACUCGAUGAGCUGCCACCUCUUCCUCCACCCGAGGCUUUCGACAAUAUAGAUCGGGAAACUUUCAUAUCGGAUACGGAUAUUGAUGGAAAUCGUGUGACGUCCACUGUUGAAGAUAACGACACAUCUGGCUCGCUCAGACCAUCUCUAGAGCUCAUUCCACUGGACAAAGGAGAAAUAGAUGAGCCUGGUGCCCUCAGAAGAAGGAUUAGGAGAAGUCUCCCUUUGUUGGAUACCGGAGAACUAACGAUUUCAUAUGAAUCUAUUAAGAGAAUGCAGUCUGAUUACUCUUCUCUUGUAAGAACUGAAGAGGAACUUCGUAUUGAUUUGACGGUUGGCAAAUAUCCUACUGUCCACGAUUUAUUACAGCCUUACCCAACUUCUUACAAAGGGAAAUGGUUUCCCAGAGAAUGCAGAGAGCUCUUCCGCAGUAGAGUUUCCGACACUUUAACAUAUAAGCAAGCACUAACUGAAAACGUAUUCGAAGCGCCAGACCGAGGACCCUUAUCAAAACCGUGGCGCGAUUCAAGCCAUGAAUCAUCGACAGAAUCUUUCCUGAGUGCCAGUAUUGCCUUCUUGAAGGAGACGCCUCCCAGAUUUCUUAACAAUGGGGACCUCCCUCGUCCAGACGAAGAGAGGAAUGACCUACUCACACCUGGCAAAAUAACUCUGAGGCACACUCCUGAUUGGUACAGGUCAGGAAUGCAUGAUGAGCGGCUGAGCGAACAUUCUUUAAGGAUCAAUGAUCCGAUGGUUAACGAACCGACGCAAAUGGCUGGCGAUAUUUCGGUUCCCGAGAAUGCGCGCUACAGAGAAUCUCAUGGAUCCUACGUUGAAAACGUUCGACGUGCGACUGGUGGAACAAAUGAGUUUGUCUUCAGAAAACAGGUCAGGAAGUAUCUCGCUGCCAGAUUCGCUAAAGGAGAAAUGUCACAGAGAAGAAUAUCGAUGUUUGUUAGGGUGAGUUGA